GUGCGGGAGGUUCUGACAAUUCAAACUAGUUUACCUAUCUCAGUGGUUUAUAGAAAUUCAAAUGUGUACAUAUGUAAACAUUGCUAUUUAACUUGUGAGUUUUAAGUUAUUAUUUAAAGGUAAAAUGAGUGUUCAAAGAAGGUAUGAAAAUUUUCUGGAAUACAGACGGAAAGAAAAAUUAAACUUUUUAUGGAUUUCAAAACGGUGGGAUCCAGUAAUUGCCUUUAAACAAGGUAACAGGAGACCUACUCCACAUUCUCAUAAAGUGGCAGUUUUACACAGUCCUAAAAUUCAAGAAUUAUUAGAUCAGAUAAGUAGGGUCGAUAAUAUCCCAAAACCUACAUUAGAAGCACAAGUUCGUGACAUAUUGGAUGAAAUAGGAUAUGAUAGAAACUUAAAAAUUGUCAGAUGGCUGGGUUUAGUAUUAACAAAGAUAUGUUUAAAGGUCCUUUCAGGAAUAUAUGUAAAUAUUGAUCAAGUUGAGAAGAUAAAGAGUCGCAUGGGAAAUUGUCCAGUUAUUUUUGUACCUACACAUCGAAGCUAUGGCGAUUUUAUGAUGCUGUCAUAUGCAAAUUUCAACUAUGAUAUUGAAAUACCUGCAAUUACCGCUGGCAUGGAUUUUCACGGCAUGUGGGGCGUAGGCAAGGUACUUAGAGAUACCGGAGCAUUUUUUAUGAGAAGAACAUAUACUAAUGAUAAUUUAUAUUGGACCACUUUUAGGGAAUAUGUUUACCAGUUGGUUACCAAAGGUGAUCUGCCAAUGGAAUUUUUCAUAGAGGGAACCAGAAGUAGAAGCAAUAAGUCCUUACCACCAAAAUAUGGUGUAUUGUCCAUGGCUCUUAAAGCCUUCUUUUUCUCUCACGUACCUGAUAUACUUUUUGUGCCAAUUGGUAUUAGUUAUGAUAGAAUUUUAGAAGAAAGUCUUUUUGCAUUUGAAUUGUUGGGAGUGCCAAAGCCAAAAGAAAGUACUUCUGGCCUUUUUAAAUCGAUGAAAAUUCUCAAAGAAAAUUUUGGUAAUAUAUAUCUUCAUAUGGAUGAACCAAUCUCGGCAAAAGAAUAUUUUGGUGACAAAAUUGACAGAAGUAUUCAUAGUAUAGGUCCAUUACAUAAACAAGAAGUCACUGCCGAAGAAAAAAAGAACUUACCACCUCUUGCACAUGAAAUUUUAAAACGACAACAAAAUGCUACAGUGCUAACAGUAUUUAACCUUAUGGCCACCAUUCUAAACAAUAAUUUAGCUUAUCAAACAGACCGCUUGACUGUUAAGGAUUUAGUAUGGGAACUAACUUGGAUAAGGAAUGUUGUAGAUAAGUUGGGGGCUUUUACCCACAUUGAAAAUACAGAAAAAGGAGUUAGAGAGGCUUUAGUUACACACAAAAACUUAAUAAGACUAGAUAAAAGAAAGACGUUGAGACUGAUAAAAAAUAAAGUGAGCCAACAAGUUGUAAACCCGAAAAAGUUAAAAGGCCAUGCACUCAGUGAUACCACAAUGACUGAAUCGGUUCCAUUUGUUAUGUUACAGAUAUAUACCAACCCAGUUCUUCAGUUUUUGAUCGACAUAAAUAUAAUUUUAGUAAUCUUAAAAUACAAAACAAUGGAAAUAGAUGAACUAUUUGACAACUAUCAAUUCUUAAGAUCUAUCUUUGCAAAAGAAUUCGUAAUUUUUUCCGCAGCAGAUCGAAGGGUAUUCGAUUUAGCUGUCAACCAAGCUCUAGCUUUAGAACUUAUACAAGUUUCAGAUGAAUGUUACCAAUUAGGAACAAAUAAGAAACUUCAAGAACUUGUCAUUAAUGCCUUUACAACAUUCUAUGUUUCUUACGAUGUGGUUUUUGGAGUUUUGGAGAAACUUUCUGCUGAAACUGAUGAAAAAUCAAUAUUGGUAAAUGCACAAAAGUGGUUAGAAAAUGCGAUCAGCGAAAAACAAAAUGUACACCCGUAUUCAUUAAACUUAGAUACUCUAGUCAAUUGUAUUAGUAUUUUAUGUGAUCUUCAGGUUUUAAAGAAAGAUAGAAGGUAGGUGUUUAUUUAUACAGUCGAAC